AACCUCUCCACUGACCAGCGCCUAGAGAUGGAGCGCUCGCUUUUCCUGCUCUCUGUGUGGGCUCUGACCAGCAUCCUCGCUCUUCUGGUUGCAGCCGAGGAUUGUACAGAGAGGAUUCUGGUUAAUGAGAGGAAACGCACCUGUCCGAAAAACUGCAAGCAAGACAAAGACUGCGGCUCUAAGCGCCAGUGUCUGUGUGACGGCCAAUGUGGACUCAGCUGUGUAGUGCCAAGCCGUACCUGUCCCUGGCCGAUGGCCCCUGGGAACCACUCCGAGGCCCACCUGCUCUCGCCCACGCCCUCCUUCUCUGCUCUCCUGGAAGUCCGAUGCCUCCCAGGAUACACCAUGUCCAAUGGCCUGGAUGCUGCCAUUCGCCGUUGCCAGGGUGACCGUCAGUGGAGUGGAGAUGAGCCUGUGUGCACAGCUCUCCCUUCACCGCCUCCCUUCGUGGUUGACGCUGGCCCUGUGCUGUCCUGUGAGCUGCAAGAGCCAGAUGUCAGCUUAGUCAUAGUGGAAGGAGAAGCAGCAGUAGGCGCCUCCGUGCGCUAUAGCUGCCCCACUGGAUACGUGUUGUUCGGCAACAGUGAGAAUUUCUGUCACUCUAACCAGACCUGGCACUACCCUCAUCCCAUCUGUCAGCGAAUGUUCUGCCCCCCUCCAGCGGAAGUAGAAAAUGGCUACCUUGUAGCGGUCCAAAGAAAGGAAUAUGAUGUGGGUGACACCAUCUAUUACUUAUGCAAGAAAACAUUUUCUCUAGAUGGGCCAAACCGUGUCACCUGUUUGUCAAAUGGAACCUGGAGUACAAUUCCAUUUUGCCGAGACACCCACAGAAACAGUGUAGCUACACUGCCAUGGAAACAUGCUUUGAUGGACAGCUUCAAGCACCAAGCUGCUACAUGGAACCCACAUGGCUGCAGUACAAACUCUUCCCUCAUCGGCUUGUUUCAGAAAUUGACUCGUGUAGCCCUGCUGAUCUUGCUGACCUGUGACAUAACAAGGAUCCUUUUGAUAUUGGUUUAUAUUGCCCAAAGUGUCCAGUUGUGCAAACAGAAAAUCAAUAUGUUUACCUGCCUCAUGUUUACCUGCCUCUCACAGUUGAAGAAAAUAAAAAAGAGAUCUAGGAUGGUGGGAGGGACAGCCCUCCUAAAAUAAGUUGAGAGGAUGAACAACAUUUUGAUUGACACUGAUUUUUACUCAGUAUUCCUGGAAUAAUAGUUUACUCCAUAUAAAUAUAAUCUAAAGUUGUUGUUACAACAAUGUCACCUGUUACCUCCAUUAAUGCUAUUUCUUUGAAUAUGUGUGGGUUUGGCAGUCUGAUUGCCUGUCAUCCUGUCUGACUUCUUAAUCACUUGUCUGAAAGUGAAUAAAGAUUUCUUUUGUUGCAUAGGCCUUUAAUAACCUACGACAACUCAAAUGCUUUGAGGCUAUGUUAAGUGUAGGUCUAUAGUUGUGGGGUCAAUUGGCCUUACAAGACUCUGUUAGUCUCUAACAAUGUUUUUUCACUGUUUUAUAGCCAAGGUUUGAUGUCUUCAUAUGCCUUGUUUUUACUCGUCUUACAUCGUAGCCUACACUACCCUCAAGGACUGUUUAUGUCUGUGAAUGAGACGCUUCAAGUUGGAAACUUGAGAAUGUUGUGUAUUGAUAUACUACUUUUGCAAUAAACAAUGAAGUCCAAAA